CCGGGGCCGGGGCCGGGGCGGCGGCGGGAGUUGACCGUAUUUAUCGAGGCCAGUGCCGGGUCACCGCGGGCGCGCUACCGUAUUUGCCGGGAGCUGCGCAGUCCUUUCCGGGAGUGGGAGCCCUGCGACUUCAUUACGUACUCUAGAGGAAAGAGUCGCCGAUGGAGCGCAGAGAAGCAGAGGCGCAGCCUGGGCUGACUGUUGUGAGAACAAUGGAAAACAAUUUAAGAGGAACACAGUGGCCUGGAACAGGGUCCUUAGGAGAACCAGCGUGAAAGGAGCCGGGCACUGGGGGCGAUUGCUGAGCAGGGCUGGUGAUCGCAGCUGGAAGUGCCCAUGACCGAGCUGGCGUCCUCUGGGGGCGGGUCCCCUGCGGGGGACGGGGAGGAGGGUCUGGGGGACGAGCGAGGCCUGGUCAUCCACCACCCCGCGGAGGAGCAGCCCCACCGCUGCCCGCUGUGCGGCCGGACCUUCUCGCAGCAGCCCAGCCUGGUGCGGCACCAGAAGGCGCACGCCGGGGCCGGGGCCGGGGCCGGGGCGGGGGCGGGCCGCGCGGCCGCCUUCGUGUGCCCCGAGUGCGGCAAGGCCUUCAGCGUCAAGCACAACCUCGAGGUGCACCAGCGCACGCACACCGGCGAGCGGCCCUUCCCCUGCCCCGAGUGCGGCCGCUGCUUCAGCCUCAAGCAGAACCUGCUCACGCACCAGCGCAUCCACAGCGGCGAGAAGCCGCACCAGUGCGCGCAGUGCGGCCGCCGCUUCCGCGAGCCGCGCUUCCUGCUCAACCACCAGCGCACGCACGCGCGCAUGCCCGCGCCGCACCCGCGCCGCCCCGGCGUCUUCGGGGAGCGCCGGCCCUUCUUCUGCCCGCGCUGCGGCAAGAGCUUCGCGCGCGAGGGCUCGCUCAGGGCCCACCAGCGCGGCCAUGGCCACGGCCCCGACGGCCAGGCGGCCCAUCUAGGCCGCGUGCUAUGAUGCGCUUCCUGCCCGGGGGCUGCAGCCCGGAGCCCUGGAGAUGGCGCUGGGCUGCGGCCCCCUCUCUGGAUGGGAGCCCGGGAGAGAGGGAGGGCUGGCUUGGGGUCCGGAAGAUGUGGGUCGUAGCCAGGCUGCGGCCGCCCGUGUCCGCGCCUCCCCCAGGACCCUGUGCCUGGCUGCACACUGCUGUUUGGGGCCCGUGCGUUGCUGUUCCUCCUCAGGCCCAUCCGGCUUAGAGCAGAAUGUCAGAGUUGAAAGCCACACAGAGAGGGCCGCUUUCCACACUCCCCAGGCCCGACCUCAGCCCAAAAGUCCUCCUGGCUCCUGCACUCACCAUCCGGUGUCCUCGAGAAGUCAUUUCACCUCAUGCCUCAGUUUACUCAUCUAUGCGGAGUGGGCAGGACCUCAUGUCCCAGGAGAUGCAGGGCACAUCUGGGCACAGAGACUAGGAAUGGUGUCCCACGAGGGCCUGACUGGCACUAUACCCGGCAUGAGGACAUGUCCCCUAAGAAGACCUACCUUGGGAGGUGCCCUGUAGAAGUGACUGGAUGCAGCCUGGAGCUGGAAGCAGAUUCCAAGCCCUGGUGGAAAAACUGCCCAGGCCUGGUGGAAGUCACAGCUGGGGUAGACCUUAUCGUUGCUGCUUGGCCAUGGACCUCAAUUCUCUUGUGGCAGCAGGGACAGAGCCCGUGUAGAAAGCUGGCUUCUCUGCUCCUGCCUGGUCUACCACUUGGCUAAAGUUCAGAGACAGGAAGUGACUGGCCUAAGAUAACACAGCAAGUUGGUGGCAGACCUGGCUCUAGAGGCAAAACUUUCCUCCGAUGUGAACAAUACCUGCAGGCUUCAUUUUUCUUUCUGAGCAGUGGUUCUUAGGGGUCAUGCAGUGCUUUGAAAAUCUGACAAAGGUUAUGGACUUUUUCCCCAGGAAGACACACAUACUCACAUAGACUCAAAAACCCCAAGCAAUUUCAGGAGCCCCCUGCACGCCCUGAAUGAAACCCAUCCCUGGACUGCAGACUAAGAACCUCAGCCCUGGGGGCUUAACCUGCCACUCCUUCCCCACCUGACCCUCACAGAGCCCCCAGUCAAGGCACCAUACAAGUGAUUUUUCUCCCCCUACCUGGCUGAGCCUCCUUCCCUUGUUUGGGAAUAAAGUAUUCAGAGGAGGGGACCCUUUUAAUCAAUCCCUUCUCCCAGACUUAACAAAGAACUCAUAGGUUUCUGGAACCUUAUUUCCCUUCCCCAGACUUCGCUGGAGA